CACGAAGGAGCUGGAGGACAGGAGCUCAUGCCCAGAAUUGAGUUGUGUCCCGCUGAGCCCUCUGCCACGUACCUACAGGAUGAAGAACCUUUCAUUUCUCCUUUUCCUUUUCUUCCUUGUCCCGGGGCUGCUGGGCUCCAGCAUGCCACUGUGUCCCAUGGAUGAAGCCAUCAAUAAGAAGAUCAAUCAAGACUUCAGCUCUCUAUUGCUAGCUGCAAUAAAAAACGUUGGCCUAUAUUGCUGGACAGUCUCCUCCAGAGGGAAGUUGUCCUCUUGCCCAGAAGGCACAGCCGUCGCGAGCUGCUCCUGUGGCUCUGCCUGUGGCUCAUGGGACGUUCGUGAGGGAACAAUGUGUCACUGCCAGUGUGGAAGCAUAGACUGGACAGCAGCCCGUUGCUGUGCCCUGCGGGUCAGUUCCUGAGGACGUUGGUUGAGAACUGAGCUUGCCCUCCACGUGUUGCAGAGGGACAAUGGGGAUGGGGAUGGGGAUGGGAAGAGGAUAGGGGGCGGGUCCAAGACGAGGGUCUGGAAAUACAGAAUGAGAUGAUAAAGAUGCACCGUGAAGUGGA